AUGGCAGCGAAAUCUGAUGGUGUGGGGGUCGUUACCGGUUUCGCCCAGCUGCACAACCUGGACGAAGUGGUCGGGGACGGCGAAGGAGAUCUGCCGGACAGCAGUGCGAUACACAUCUGUCAUUGCUGCAACACCUCGUCCUGCUACUGGGGAUGCCGGAGCGCCUGUCUGCAUGCUCUCCUGGGGAAGGGGAAAGGAAAGGGGAAGGGGAAGGGGACCAGACGGCCGCCGCAGCAGGAGCGCCUUUGGCUGGACUGCCUGUGGAUCGUCUUGGCGCUGUUGGUCUUCUUUUGGGACGUGGGCACGGACCUGUGGUUAGCGAUCGACUACUACUCCAAGCGAGACUACACGUGGUUCGGGCUGACCCUCUUUUUUGUACUUGUCCCGUCGGUGCUGGUCCAGAUACUGAGCUUCAGGUGGUUCGUGCAAGACUACACCGGGGGAGGUCUGGGGGCGGUGGAGGGUUUCAGCCGGAAGGCGACGGCUGGAUUGAGCGCCAGGAUUCACGGCAGGGACAGGUGCUGUCAAAUAUCUGUGUGGACAUGGCAGAUUUUCAUACAUGUUCUUCAGAUGGGACAAGUGUGGAGAUAUAUCCGCACCAUGUACUUGGGCAUUCAGAGCCGGCGGCAAAAGGAGCACCACCGGCGUUUCUACUGGGCGAUGAUGUACGAGUACGCGGACGUCAACAUGCUGCGUCUCCUGGAGACCUUCUUGGAGAGUGCCCCCCAACUGGUGCUACAGCUCUGCAUAAUGAUCCAAAGGAACCGGGCGGAGACGCUGCAGUGUGUUUCCUCAGUGGCCUCGCUGCUGUCCCUGGCCUGGGUGCUGGCCUCAUAUCACAAGCUCCUGAGGGAUUCCCGGGAUGACAAGAAGAGCAUGAGCUACCGCGGAGCCCUGAUCCACAUCUUCUGGCGGCUCUUCACCAUCUCCUCGCGGGUGCUCUCCUUCGCCCUCUUCGCCUCCAUCUUCCACAUCUACUUCGGCAUCUUCAUCGUCGUGCACUGGUGCGCCAUGGCCUUCUGGAUCGUGCACGGCGGCACCGACUUCUGCAUGUCCAAAUGGGAGGAGGUGCUCUUCAACAUGGUGGUAGGCAUCGUCUACAUCUUCUGCUGGUUCAACGUCAAAGAAGGCAGGACCCGAUGCCGUAUGGUGGCCUACUACUUAGUGGUGCUGUUGGAGAACACAGUCUUGACCUGCCUGUGGUACGUCUACAGAGACCCCACCACCGACUCCUAUGCUGUGCCGGCACUGUGCAGUGUCUACCUGUGCUUCGCCUCAGGUGUCCUUUUUAUGCUCCUUUACUAUGGGUUCUUGCACCCAAUGGGGCCCAGGGUGAGGGUUCUGGCCAGUUCCUGCUGUGCCGACCUCCUGUGGGGGCUCCCCUUGCCCCCAGAGGCUGAGCCAAUGGCCCCCACCCCUGGGCCCCGUGGCUCCCAGGCCACCCCGACCCGGGUCUCUGCCGCUGACCAAUCCCAACAGGAGGACUUGGCAGCAGAUACCUGCCUGCCUGUGUUCCAGGUGAGGUCCACCGUGCCCACAACGCCAUCAGGCCGUCUGUUUCGUCCUGAGGGGCCGCUCAUCAAGAUCGACAUGCCAAGGAAACGCUACCCAGCCUGGGAUGCCCAUUUUGUGGACCGGCGCCUAAGAAGAACUAUCAACAUCUUGCAGUUCAUAACUCCCACAGCAGUAGGGAUCAGGUACAGAGAUGGACCCCUUCUGUAUGAGCUUCUGCAGUAUGAGUCUUCCCUCUGAAGGCUUGUCUACUCACCUCUCUAAACUCCCCAUUCGUCUCUGGCCUUACAUUCAUGUUUUUUAAUACAGCACCCAGAAGAAGCAUAGUUUCCAUGGCUCAUGGGAGGGCUGCAAAUGCAUAUAUUUUAUAUUGGUAAAAAACCUCUGUAUGAAAAACAUGUGUAAGAAAAUUUACGUUGGUCGCAAAGAGUGGCAGUGUUCUUCUGUUGGGCUAACUGUAAAGGUGUAUGUUUUUGGAUGUACAAUGUCAUUGAAAUUUUGCGUUCUGAAAUGUCGAGAGUAAUUGGCGAUCUUGGAGUCAUAGGGUUUAACGGGUGGCUGGUAUGGAGUUUGACAGGAAUGAUAGAGGCAGGCCAGCGUGUCCUUUCCAACAUCUUCAUUUUAUCGUGGGUGCUCUACUUGGACAUUACCUUACUUUGGGAUAUUUUUUUUUGCGACUUAUUAGUGAUAACCUGAUAUAAAAGCGAUUUGGCGUCGAUCAAUAGCAGAUUCGUAUUGAAAACAGGAAUUCAUAUUCAUGUAUGUGAGGCACGUGCUUAAUGUUCUGUUGCUUCAGCAAGGCCUAAAAUGGUUACUUUGGUGAUGUGGUCAUAAUAUUUUCUUUGGGAUGAUUUUUUUACCAGGGACAUGAAUAACUGAUGCCUUAAUUCAAAGAUUCGCCAAGCCCACUGGUCCAUAGUCAUUUGUAGAGCAUAAACGUCCACAUUCUGCCCUGCCCUCCGUUCCUGUUAGGCAGCUGAUGUUCAGCUGUUCUGAAGUCGCUGGUCUCAGUGAUUCAUGCAACCCGUACAGAGAAGACAACCUACCAAAGUUCACUGGUUUGGUGCUUACGGCAUUACGACAAUAUUGCAAAACUGCCUUAACAUUGCUCUAUUAAAUUAGUACUGAUUGAAUUUAGCAUAAUAUGAAUUCAGCUAAAAAUGGAAAUAAGUAACCCUGUCUUGUAUAUCUCGUUCAUUCAUCCUGCGCUAUCUACUAACCAGUUUUGUGCAUUUUUGCAAAUUUUUUAUUUAUUUAUUUUUUUUUGAAAAACCAAUUUUUUUCUUAAAGCCAUUUAGCCCUAAGGUUAAAUGUUUGAGGCCGGUCACAUAAAGCGACACAUAGUCAUGUGAAACGUAUUGCUUGGAAAGAUCCAGUGAGUAUAAUGUUACGGUAAUACCUUGAGUAGCAUUAAGGCAUCCGCAAGUAAGAACACACCCUAAACCCUUUUCUGCACCCACACAAAUUAUACAAUUGAUUAUACUUUUAAGAUGUUGAAGGCACUUCGUAAGUGAUUAUUUAGUAAUGUUUCUAUUACACGAUUUUAAAUGGAAUCAUUAUAUAUAUAUAUUUCCUUUUAGUUGCUGCUAAUUUCUGUAACAGAAUUUUUCCAAGGACGGAGCGAGGGGUAACAAGGCGUUUAUGAUUAUAAUCAGCGUAUUAUUGGAAUAUAAAUCUAAUGAUUAUGUGUUUGAGAGUAGCAUUGGACUACAAACAAAUACAGUGGUAUUUUAAAAAAGAAGAGUAAUGUUUUUUGAAGGAGAGGGCCACAUCACAUAACAGAGAACAUUUUCUCAGAGAGUUUAAUGGAUGAAAUUCCUCUCCUGUUGUUGAAAUUGUAUUUAGCGGUGCAAAGAACGCAAAAUCUUGAAGCACACGUGAUACUGAGGGUUGUGGGCGUGUCGCGUUCCCAAUUUUUUUGCAUUCCCAAAGAGUUGGAUCUAUUUUCUGUGUAUAGGCAUGUAAGUAGCUGAGUCUCUUUUGCUCACGGAGGGGGUUGUACAGUGACAAAGGUGUUUUGUAUGUGUGUGUGGGGUUGGGGGGGGGCGAGGAAUACACUGUCCCCCCAUCAUUCCCUGCUUCUUUAAGAAGUUAAAAACUUUUGACGUUUGGAGAUUUUUGUCGUCUUCUUCUACUCCGUAAUGCAUCCACCGCACUCCCCAAAUGCAAAAAAGCGAAUGAAAUAAAUCUAAUAAUCCCACGAGGCUGGAAUUGCAAGUCAUCAAACAGAUCCUGACAUGGACAUGAGCUCCAAGCCCACCUGCCCUCUGUCUGAAACUUUUCGUUUGGUCUUUGUCAGCAUCUUUACCUGUUCGCUCAAAUCCAACGAAACUAGAAACUAUCUUUACCUGAGUAUACCAAAAUUUUUACACAUUUGAACAUUUUGUAAUCCACUACAAAAAAAAGAAAGAAAAUAAGACGACCCUCUCCCUACUGCUAUUGACUCCAACUAGGCUGUAACUAAGCCAACUCACAUCUUCUACUGUAAGCUAUAUAAAUCCCUUUUUCUGGUGCACCUAGCUUCCUGUGAUCAAACUGUCACAAGUUUGAGGGUGCUACACAAUAUCACAGGUUACUUAAAAUUCAGAGUGGAGGUAACGCCAUUAAGGCCUUUAUCUACAUAUGUGUAUCUGUGCAUUGCCAAAGACAUCCUGUGAAAGUAAGACUCAUAAAAUCAUAGAAAAAUCAUAGUUAUUACAGUUGCCCUCAGUAAAGAAAUGUUCUGUGCAGAUGCAUUCGUAGAAUUAAAUGCCAGUGCAUUUCCUGCAGAACACUCUCCUUGCGUUGGGCAACAGAAAUGAUCUGUGAUCUCAGUUCUGCUGUGGGGAACGAUUUAUUUUUUCCCUACUCAAAAGAUAAUAUCAUCAGUGCACAUUUCACGCCCAUCUUUUUUUUAUUACGGUUUUUAGCCCGGAAGUGGGGAGCUACCGAUCAUGUUCUUACGGAAAUGGUUUUUCGUAAUGGUGCUUGGUACAGUGCACUUCGUGUAGCAAAAUAUCCAGCCACCGCAAGCAACAGUGUCUAUACACUAUUGGAUUCGACACUUCAGGAGAUAUCUUGGUGCACUGCUAAAAGGAAAACACUGCUUUCUUUGACCUUAUCGUGCCUGCCGAGAUCUUUGUAAGCAGAUGUUCUGCAGGCGAGACCGUUGGGGUUAAGGGUCCUUGCCAGGGGUGGAAACGAUCUGGAAGGGAGCCUGUAAAGAGGAAUCCGUGUGUACCAGUCAAAACAUAGCUACAGUUUUUCACACAAGCACUUUGUUGGUCUUUAAAGGUAUUAGGCGUAUGAGAAGCUCUUUGCUUGAUCCAGGUCAGCAUCAGGAUAGGAGAAAAAGGUUAUGAUAUUGUGACAUCUUAGUCCACGUUUUAAGAAAGUCUUUUAGAUCCUCACAUUGGGUUUUGUCAGUUCAGAAGGGAUAGCACCCUGUGCAUCGGCCACUGUUUCUGGAACUCUUUUGGCUUGUGUGAGAGUUUGUGGCAUUGGGGCAGCCAGCUUCUGUGGUGUAGCUGCGCAGGCUCCUCUUCCUGCCAUGGGCACAGCUCGACUCCAUCCCUGGUUGCUGCUCUCCCUUCCUCUUCAUAAGCGUGGGGCUCAGGUCUAUUCUGGUGCAGAGAGUCUGUGGUUUUAGUUAUUUACUUACUUGGAAAUGCUACAUGGUGAUGCUGAAGAGCAGAAAGUGGAAAUCCUUGGUCUUUUGUUGUGUGUAUACUGCCAUUUUGUGCCAUUGAGGUUGAACCAUGCUUGAAUUCAUACAAACAGAUUGACCGUUGUCAGGUCAAAAGUGUUCAGCGACAAGAUGAUGUAUCGUCUGGUAUUGUUUGCCACGUUCCGUUACCUCCACUGUAAUCCGGGGAGUUUGUUUGGGCUCCUUUGUUAGGAUUUCCACUUCUGCUCACAAGCAGACUUGCUCAUUGUUAUUUGCUGAGGUCCUGCUCACUCGUAUUCCCUUGAUGUAGUGGUUAAAGUCGUUCACUUCAAGAGAGUAACACUGUAUCAAAAACUUUCAGGUGUCUUAGCCAGAUUUCUUGAUGGUCAGAUGGUUAUUGGCCAACCGUUAUUUAUGCAUUAGUGUGCUAAUCUAAGAGGUCAUGAAAUGAUUCCUCCGGGUGCUAAUACACUGUGAUUUUCUUUUCUUUCUACUACUAAAAAUAGUUUUCUAACAAUGGAUUUUCAGAACUAUACAUACAUACAUACAUAUAUAAUUUAUAUUUUCAGUAUUCUUGCUUCACAAGGAGAGACAAUAAUCUUAGUAACCAGAGGGUCUGCUUUACAUAUCAAAGAUUCACGUACAAAUUUUGCCUUUUUAAGGGGUCACUUAACUAUUCCGGAAAUAAAUCACUGUUUGUGCCAGGUGUAUCGACAUUCAUGUUAACCUCAUUAUUUAUUAAUAGAAAAAAGCACAGCUUUUUACUGCAUUACUUUGCCCUUGUGCUGUUACUUAGUAAUACUUUAGCUUUAAUGUCACUCUGUGUGUAAUUUUGUGUGUGACUGAUUAAACUGCUGGUUAGCUAUGUUUUAAAUUUAAAAACUUAAGUGUCUGCGUCAUACUGUGAGAAAAAAAAGUAAUCCAUGUGUUCUUUGCCAUUAUUGGUUUUGAAUUGUGCCAACACAUCAGCUAAUAUUUUCAUCUACGCAGAGAAUGAGUAGAAACGAAAAAUUCCUGACUGAUGUUAUGCACAGUUACUGUUUUCAUUUUGUUGGUGUUGCUUUGCCAAUAAUGUGUACUUUCAGAGACCGCCAAUGAGAACCAAUUAAAACAAAACUUGUUCGCGUUCCUGACCUCCUGGUGCCUUUUCGUUAGUAGGUGCUUUGACCUUACGAAACCAGUUUAGCAAACAACAAUGCCAGUAUCGUUCUUUCUGUAAAACCUACCAGUGCAGUAAGAGGAAAAAUGUACAUAAACGUAUGUAACAUAAUGACAUUAGAAUAUAUUAUGCUAUUGUACGUUCCACUGUUAUUAUGGUAUUAUGGUAACUAUGGUAUUCCAAUGUAUGUAAAAUGUUAAUGUAACGGCACAGAAAAGUGAGCAUUUCUGUGUAGGACUUUACGUAACAGUUCUCAGACUGACAAAAAGAUCUGAAAAUUUAGCAAGGCAAUACUGGACAUCUGCUGCUAUUAUUAAAUAUAAAUAUUAAAUAUUAAUAUAUUCUCUUUUAGACCAGACUUUAUAAAGAUUUGAAAGCCCUAGUUCCAGUGUCUUUUAUGUCAUUUUUAAAAUAGCUUUCAAUUCUUUGUAACUUCCUGCCAGGAAAAUGUUUCAGCAGAAUUAGGGAUAAUUAUUCAUUGUUAAAGUCUUAUGAAGCAAUUAUCUUGGAUAUAGACAGAGGAUUCCUUAAUACAAUGCAUAUAUAUUUUGUAUGCUCUUGAUUUUAUCUUAUUGAUUUGGGCCCUUUCACCUUAAUUUUUUCCAUUUCAUUUUAGUCCAGAUGUAACAUCAUAAUUUAAUUGAAAUGUAUGGUGUGUAAUUUUGUCUGUGUUAAUGUUUACACCUCCAUAAUCUUGGGAUGAAGGAGAUUUAAAGUCUAUAAUCUGCUUUUAAGGUGUACGAGUCCAGCUAAAUGCAGUUUUAGUGCAAUGAUGAGGCACAUAACUCUUGUAAGGUGUGAAUUUAUUGCUUUGCACUAGAAGGUCCUUAAGAAUUAAGGUGAACGUCAUUUUAUUUUGAUGGAUAUUUGCUUUGUUUUGUUGACUAGAACCUGGAAUUAGAGGGAAUGUAUUUUUCCAUUUAGACAACUGGUGCUUUUUAAACAUAUUCUACAAAGGUGCUACCAAAUUUGAAAUGAAGACAUUGCUUGGAUCUGUGUCCAUUCCAGCAAUGCCAAUUUUAGAAUCUGAAUUAAAAUUUGCAGAUUUUUUGUCUUCUUCCUUUAAAAAUAGGUGCACCUCCUGGUCACAUAUAGCAAAGCGAUUUCUGUUGUUUUCAACAUACAGAAAUGUUCAUAUUAUUAUUGCAACCUAAUUUAUAAAAGCGAAUUAAUUUCAAUAUGUAUGUCCAGUAUGUUCUCUUAUAAAGCGUGUCUUAAAAACGAGGAUUUGCUUCCGUAAGAUUUAUUGGGUAACAAUGUUUGCGUUUGUUUAUCUGCGAUUUCUUCUGUGAGAAACAACAGCGGAAGUGGCUUGUUUACAAAUGCAUGUAACGCACACAACUGAAACACCCAGUUACCGUUACCCUCAGUUCUCCUCGUUUGUUAUCCUACAGCUGUUUGUUUUGCUAUCCUUCCACAUUUGUCAACUUAAAAAUAAAUAAAUAAAUAAAAUGCUCCAAGUGUUGAGUACAAUAAGAAAGUUUUAAGUGUUGAGGAGAAGCUUGAAACAUCAAGGGAUCGUUUUUUUUAAGAAUUAGAAGACGUGAUAUCCUGAGAGCGUGGGCAUAAAGAAAUGAUCUUUGUUCACCUUCAGAAGCAAUGCGGUGGAAAUUAAACAAUGGUAUACCAUGACUUGGGAAGUUUCUGAUUGGUUGCCCCAACCUCAUUUUCCUGUCUCUGUUAUUUCUAUAGAGCGAAUGAGGUGUUUUUCAGGAGCGCAACUAUCGCGUUAUAGGAGAACAGACAAUGUACAUAUUUCAUUCAAAUAUUAAAAAAUAUUCCUACCGUUGCUGUCUGAGAUAUUUUUUAAUAUUUAAUGUUUAUUGUGUUAAACUUUGAAUUGUCACUUGCCAGUAACUUGUUAACUGACUGAGUUUGUAAUCUAUAGAAAUUAGAUUACACUCCCAGCAUAACAUUUCUGCCAAUAUUUGUAAUUUGUUGUACUUUAUUUGUAUUUAUAAGAAUUUAUGUAAUACACUUCACUUAAAGUUUCAAAAAUGUUCACUUUAAAACCCUUUUUUUCCUGAUGUCCAGUAUUGCUGUCCCUACGUAUUUUUGGGAACAAUAUCAACAAGGUGCUACAACUGAACCUCAUUUUUUAUGUUUUUUGUUUUUAGGUGUAAAGAGAAAUGUUAGAAGUAUUAGAACUUCCAUUGAAGCCUUAUUAUGAGAAAAUGUGUUAGACUGUUUACCCCCAAAAUUAAACAAAAAUGAGUGACAUUGUACAUAAAUAGUAGAGACAGUAGUUACUACACAGUAGUAAUUGUAUACAUAUAUGUAUUGUAUAGUGUUAACUAGUCAUUUUAUUUUUAUUAAUUUGUAAAAUAUACUUUUCUUAAGGUGUGUUUUGAAAAGUGUGUUGACAUGCAAAUGUGAAUGGAUGUGCGUAAAUAUGGCUUUAUACUAAUGAAAUAUGGCAUUUUGUUGCAUUCCCAGAAAAAGAAAAGGUCUUUAUGAACAUGAAAAAUUACAUUUACCUUUAAGCACACGUCACAAAAGAUUGUACCAGGUGUGUUGUCUGUUUUCAUAUAACCUGGCUAUCAGAUCUUUGUUUUUGAAAUGUUGGCUUUAUUUUUUGUUAGGUUGUUCGUCGAUGUGUUUAAUGGAUGUGUAUCUAACAAGGAAUACAUGCUGAGGAUUGCUUAAUGUUGUUUUAGCGACAUCGUUGCUUAGCGUUUUCGAUGUUUUAGAUUCUGUCUGUCUCUUGGGCUGUGUUGGCAAUUGUAGUAAAAGAUUUUGAGUAUGAAUUAUAAAUACAGUUCAGUAACAUAAGAAUUGAAUAUAUACCUACAGUUACUGCUUUCGCAGUUUUCACAAAAGAAAAAAAAUUGUGGUAAUUUAUUAUAUUUGAGGGAAAGUAUAAACGAUCUUGCUUAAAAUGCAUGUUUGGCUUUUCAAAAUGAUUACUUAAGCAUGUGGAAAUCUGCACUCUGACAGGUACCAUGGAAAAGUAUAUAUUUUUCAACCAUAAAAUGCACUUUCUCACCUUGAUGCAAAGCCACAAGUCAAAACUAUGCAACCUCUCAGUUUUACAGUUAUUUUGGAAUAUCUGCUUGACUCUCUAAGUGCAAACAUUGUCCAUAAAACAUGCAUUAUUGAUUUUCGGUUCCCAUUCAAGGUGAGAGUGCUUAAUGCAUCUUAAUGAGUCAAACAAAACCGAGACAGGAGCACAGACAAAAAUGUGUUUGGGGUUUCAGCCCGUUUAGUCAAUUGUUAAAAAUUGUUUAGUCAGUUGACUUUUGUUAGCAGUACGUUAGUAUGUAUGUCUUUAUUGUCUCUGUGGAAGUUUGCACAAUGGAUAUUUUCCCCAAAAUCCACCGUAUCGGGCAUAUCAGACAAUUAAGUACAUCAACAGGUUUGCAGAUAAAAAUUUGUUAAUGACGUGUUGUGUCAUUUUAAGUUUUUCUUAAGUUAUUUUCUUUGCAUGUGUGGCAUUUUAUUUAUCUUUACUGUCACAUUUUGUUUGUUUUAACCUUCAUAAGAAUUUGAAGAGCCUUUAUAUGAGGCUCUUUAAAAUGGACUUUAAAAAUCUCAAAACAUUUCCAGUCAGUUCAUACAAACCUAACAGGCUAAAGAACAAUUGGUGAAAUUGAAACUAUUUGUUUUAAUUAUUAUUUUUACCAGGAGUACAGCGCAUUUCAAUAACAGGUAAUAUGUCCAUAUUUGUUACAUGUUCCUAGGUAGCUGAAAUGAUUUAUCAUCAUUUAGAGUUUUAUCAUUUUUGUUCAUUUCCUUUUAUGAUAGUCAUUAAAAAAAUAACAUGCAGUUUCCAUCCCACAUUUGAAAACCUUAAUACUAAGGAUUUUGCCUAGGUAGUGUGAACUCACUGGUGUUUAUAAGACCUGAUAGUAUUAUACCGGACAACUUUUCCUUCCAUGUAGCUCUUUUCCAAGACUUACCAGUUACCAGCUUACUGUUUUUCAUUCAGAAUUUUUCUGGAAAAAAAAAAAAAAACAUUUUUGAGUGUUUCUUAGUCGCGCCUACCUCAUCUAUGUCGUAUGAAUGUGCGUUUCUAUGGGUACAUAAAAACUCACAAGUUAUGACCCACAAGACACAACAUGUAUUUACCGCACAGUCCCCCUUCUAACCAUAAAUAGCAAUAUAAACAAAAUAAAACGUCUCUGCGUAUCCUUUCUACAGACGAAUUAACUAUACUGCACCAGCAAUGCAACAGUUCACCUCUUGAGAAAUAAUUCCCCUCUAACCCCUCCUACGCCUCCCAUAUUACUUUGGACCCUCAGAUAUUUAUCUGCUAAUUAUAAAUGUUGGCUAUAAAAAUAUUGUAUGCUAUGACAUUAUAGGCACAUAACCAGUAGUUGUACGUCUGUAUGUCUAUAUCUGUACUUUCUCAAUACAUUUAUUAUAUAUAUUGAUUUUUAAAAAAUUAUUUUGGCAUAUAAUUUGGCUUAUAUAGAUAAUACCUUGUGCGUGCUGAACGAUAAUGCUUUUUAAAUUAGCUAUUUGUGAUAAUUUGGCUUCAAUGAGCAACUGAUGGAAGUACCAUUUGUGUGUGUGUGUGUGUGUGUGUGUGUGUGUGUGUGUGUCUGACAUUUUUGUAAAGGACGCACACUGACAAAAGUAAACAUGUUAAAUCUCUAAACCAAUGAAAUGAGACAGUAGUUUGCCAUUGAUGAAAGCAGCAAUAGUUUGCCAUUGACAUUACAUGAAGAAAUGUAGAAUGGCUAAAUAAAGUUUCCUGAAUAAUUUUUAAAUGUAAAUUUGUUUUAUGAAAAGAUUUCAGUGAAGACAACACAACGUUUUUUUUUUUUUUUUUACUUUAACUUUUUCAAUGUUUGUAAAAUUUAAUAUUUUUUUUGUAUUGGCACCGGCAGUCAGUAAUAAUAAUUAUUAUUUAAUUAACUAUUCUUAAAAAUAACUAAAGUGAUUCCCCUUCUUUCCAUAAAGCUAGUUUUCCAUGAAGGACUCCCCGAUUACUAUGUGGCCAUGUUUCAUCACCUGCCUUUGUUAGAUUUGCUCUGAAGAAAGUUGUGAAUUGCGUUUUUGUCGCAGUUCUAUAACUGUUCUAUAAUGACUCUUGCUGAAUACUGGCACGUGAAACCCAGCAGAAAGUCUGAAUUAGCUCAGCUGCGACACAUCAAAGUGCUUAACUCAAAAUCAGGAUUUUAUAUAGCCAAAUAUAAGCUUUGUUUGUUUGUUUGACUGUGUGUGUGUGUGUGUGUCUGUGUGUGCGCGCAUCAGUUUGCCCUUUGUGCAUACAAAGGUCAUAUAAAGGUCAAAUGAACAUAUUUUUGUAAUAUAUUAAUGGCAGUACUUUCAGUGAUGAAAGGUUUUAUUUUCAGAGACCAUACUUUGAAAUACAAAACACUAGUAACUGUGCUGCAACAUUUAACAUUUAGUAAUCCACGAAAUACAUUAUUUUUCAAAGUUGGAUGAGGAAGCUUUUCUGCGUACAUAUUUAAAACAACAGGUCAUGCUACGUUUUACUCAGGCAAAGUGUAAAAUAGCUUAAUGAUCUUAUAAGCAUGGCCAGAAUAGGCCUUGAGAUGUGAUAUAUUUGGAAAAAAAGUUUUAUUUCAAUUUUACUAUUUUCUAUGUUUAGUCUUUUGUCUUGAUUUUUUUUCUCCAUUUUUCCUGCUGUAAUGUGAAUAUUUUGAUCAUAUCAAUAAUUUUCAUCGAUCCAUCCAAAGUAUUACUCAUCAUGUUGCAUUAAUUUAGAAGUGCUAAACUAAUAAAUAAAAAAAAAUAAUUCUGUUCCUGAAGGUGGCAUAAAAUGUCAUCCAGAACCUGUACAAAUCAAACAAAAAAUGUAUAUGGCGUGUUCAAUAUCUGGCGGUAAAAAGAUUGGAUGUGUAUUUCUGAUGUAACAAAUGCAUAAUGUCAGUGUUUGGUUGUUUUGAAAUAUCUUUACAAUGUAAAUCUAGUUAAGAUGUUUGUGUAAUCCUGCAUGGUUAAGAUGUAUUUGGUGCAGAAUUGUUGGUCUUCAGUGGAAGGGGUGUUUAUUUCUUUUCUUGGAUUAUUACCACUAUUGUUAUUUCCUUUCAUUAGGUAGGUCUGUUGUGCAGUGAUCAGAAAAUGUCACAAUUUUCCCACAGAAAAAAAUGUAUUUUCGUGUCUGAAGCAUCUAUUAUUUUGCUUACUGAAUUUGAACCGUAAACGAAAUAUUUCAGUCCCAUCAGAUCAAAAUGUAAAAAGGGAAUCCAGACGCAUCCCACCAGUCUUUAAGGGUCCAGAGGCUGCAAGUGAUUUUUCCAUUUUUCCUGCAAUGCAGGAAUUUAAAGUUCAAUUAGUCUUGUUCAUUAUUACAUGUUAUGACAUUUCCAGAUUUAAUAAUCCCAUGUCUAUGUAUGAUUUUCUCCCCCCCCCCCUAAGUUUUAUAUAACAAUAUAUGACUGUCUUCCCCAUGGACUAUAAUGAAUGUAUUGAAUGCAUUACAGCAUACAAAAUGGCCGGUGCAAAAUGUCCACUAUUGCAUAUAUGUAUAUAUGUUUCUUUGACAUUGUAUUGAAACUCCAAAAGUAAUGUUUUGGUUUUUUUUUUUUUUCAUUAAUUUAUAAUUAUAUUGUUUCAGGCAAACAAGCAAAGUCAAUUGAUCCACAAAAAGUAGUUACUUAAGUAUCAGUUAAUUGGUUAUGAAUUGGUCUGUUUUUAUUAUCUGUACUAUGUCGGUUUCUGUAAGAUUUAAACAACUUUAUGGGUACAUUUUCAUAUGAAUGGUUUUGGUAAUAAAACGAAAGGAUAACUAAAGAACAUACUAUGUACAGGCUCAUCUGCAUAACAGAGUAUUUAUUUGAAUUUCGUAUGUUUACAUUUUAGAGCAUUACAAUGUUGUGACUGAUGUAAGCAAAAUAUAUAAAUGGUUCCUUUUUUAGAAAGAUGUGUUGUCGAUUUUUUUCCACACAAUAAAAAUCCCUAUAUACACUUGACAUAUCACCCUUUCACCACUAGGGGGUGCUGGCAGCUGAAGCUCAUUGACACUCUCGGUAGAAGAGGAGAGAUGACAAAUACCUGUAAUGUGGCAAUAUAAAAGUAGGAUGUUUGUAUAUCGUGGGGUGUGCUCGUGAAAAUGUAUUUGCAACAUCCCAUAAACACAAAUAAAGUGGAAACCACUUAUAUUGAUCAUGGAUAUAGUGGUCAACCGCUUAUACGCAUCAAAGAGUUUGGGACAGAAUCAUUCCUGUACAAAUAUUGUUCAAAUAAUUAACUUAUUGUAAUCAAGUAAUCCGCUUGCAGUGUUCUUUUUUUGUUAUUUU